CUAAAAAAACCAAAGGGGUGUUCCUUGUGACUCAAAAGCCACACACAAGAUAUUCGCCCACAGAAGAAAACAAAAAGAAAUGAGCUUUGCCUGCCUCGUGUGUCACAGUGUGGAGAGCCCAUCCCACUCGUUUAGAAGCUACUCAGUUUCUAGCUCAGACAAUGAAGGAAGAUGCUCCGUGAUUGCGAGUUGCCUCACGAGGAAAUCACUCAUUCAAGCCGCAAGAUCCAACACUUUCCCUGCAACAUCCUCAAAGGUAACCCCACAACCCAAUUUUCAGGCUGGUGAUCUGUUGAUGACAGAAGGAGCCUCGCCACGGUUAGUGCGAAGCCGUGCAGUGAGAAGAGACCUUGUCAGAGACUGGAACUUCAACGAAAUUGAGACUGAGCUUUAAAAUCAAUCCGACUCUUCUCUUAGGAAAUAGUAUUAUUAGUUUGUUCAUCGCCGCGAUAACUGAGCUUUCUUCAUCAAUGUUCAUCCUCUGUAGAUCUUAGCAGCCUUGUCUUCUGAGUUCUGUUCAAACGAUCUUACACUCAUCACUUGUCAAAUUUUUGUAUUCGGCUCAGUGCUUUACAACCCAAUAAUGUAAUAUUAUCUUCUUCUCUUUUUUUCUUUUUCAUCUUUUUCGACAGUUUAUUCAACUUUGGUCCGUUUCGCUUUU